UUACGAAAAACAGAUUGUUCCACCACUAGUGCCCCCGACCAGCUGAUAGCAACCCAAACAAAAUAUUGGCUUUUUAAUAGUUAUUAACCAAUAUUAGUUACUUAAUGGACUGCUGCGGCAACGAAGUGCGCAGCGAGAGCAUCUACAAUAUGCUGCAGGCCCUGGUCGAUUCAAAGUUGGUCAACGUGCAGCUCCUGUCGAUUGCCGUGGGCAUUUUCUUCGUGGUCCUGCUGCUGAAAAACAACUUUCGCAGCUUUUCUGGCACGUAGAUGGAGCGUAUUUAGUGUUUAAUUUAUCCAAUAAUGUAAUGUACGCUAAGGACUAAUAAUAACUAAACUUCAAGCCACCUUGA